CCUUCGCCUCCGCCACCGCACCAGCCCAACACCAGCCUGAGUUCAGCUGCAAGAUGUCGACCCGAGGACGCUCAACCUCCCCACGUCCGCUGCAUGAUGAAGACGUCGAUAUGGAGAACGGAAAUGGCGUCGACAAGCCGCACGCAAAGGUAGUCAUCGUCACCAAUCUCACGCGCAACGUCGUCGAGACACAUCUCCGCACAAUAUUCGGGUUCUACGGCGACAUCAGCAAAAUCGACCUGCCAAUGUUCGGGAAAUCUGGACAGAACCGCGGCAAGGCAGCGAUCGAAUAUGGGGACACUGCUUCUGCACAUAGGGCCGCCUCGCAUAUGGACGGCGGCCAGCUGGACGGUGCCAUUCUCAAAGUCGAGCUCUCGGAACUACCAGUCCGUUCACGCUCGCGCUCUCCUCGCGCUCCUCCACGACCUCGCUAUGGACGCGACCGCCCCCGGUCCUACUCUCGCACACCUUCACGCUCUCGAUCCCCGCCACGACGCUUCGGACGCGACACCACCUACCGUGGCGACAGCUACCGGGGCAGGCCAUUCGCUCGCCGCGGCCGCGGCCCUCUUCCUCAUCGGGACACCUACCGUCCGUUGUCACGUUCGCGCUCUCGUUCUCCCAUACGCAGAGGUGACCGCCUACCUCCGAGAAGACGGUCACCCAGCUACGAGCGCGGUGGCACGGCAUACCGUCGCGGGCGUACUCGCUCGCCGAGCUAUUCCGUGCGGUCAAGCCGUUCUCGCACGAGGUCCCUCUCACCCCGGUCCCGAUCACGCUCUGGGUCUUACUCGUCGUACUCGCGGUACUCUCGAAGCAGGACUCGGUCUCGGACGCCCACCCCCCGAAGGCGGAGCCGUAGCCGCGACGAUAUCAGAGACAGCAGGUCUCGCUCGCCAAAAGACUGAUUUCUCUUUCACGGCACUCGUUCUCGUCUGCUCUCUUGC